AUGGUGUUUUCUGCGCUGUUGGCCGCCAUGCCCACGCUGUUUUCUGCAUUUCAUUGCCAUACAUUUCUGUGGCAACGUUUGGAGGUUCUGACUUUCCCCAGAAUUCAAGGAGAGAUCGGAAACCUGCUCAACUCUGUGAGUGGUGGCACAUAUACUAAUGUGGCUGAAGUUCGUUGGGGUAGCAGCAGGACUAACCAGAUGAACGGUCUCUUUUCUGCUGUCUAUAAUAGAGUUUACAUGUUCUACGAGGGCCUGCCAGGCUUCCCCACAGUUGCCGCUCUGCACAGUAAUCAGAUCCUCACCGUCAAGGGUGACCAAGGACAGGCCGGGCCCCCAGGACCCCCAGGCCCUCCAGGCCCAAGGGGGCCUCCUGGGGACACAGGGAAGGAUGGCCCCCGUGGAAUGCCAGGCGUGCCCGGUGAACCAGGAAAACCAGGAGAACAAGGCUUAAUGGGUCCUCUGGGGCCUCCAGGACAAAAGGGUUCUGUUGGAGUUCCCGGAGCUCCCGGAGUAAAUGGACAAAUGGGUGAGCCUGGGGUGCCUGGAGCUGUAGGACAGAAUGGAGUACCAGGGCCAAAGGGAGAGCCCGGAGAACGUGGUGAAAAGGGAGAUGCUGGAGAACACGGCCCCAAAGGUGACACAGGCGAAAAGGGUGACCCUGGAUCAUCUGCUGCCGGAAUUAAGGGAGAACCCGGAGAAUCUGGUCGUCCAGGGCAAAAGGGUGAACCCGGGCUUCCUGGGCUGCCUGGACUUCCAGGGAUAAAGGGAGAACCAGGUUUCAUUGGUCCUCAAGGAGAACCAGGCUUACCCGGGCUGCCAGGAACAAAGGGUGAACGCGGGGAGGCGGGGCCCCCUGGAAGAGGGGAGCGAGGAGAGCCUGGAGUCCCUGGCCCCAAGGGUGAUCGUGGAGACAAAGGCGACCUGGGAGCUCUGGGACCAAGGGGUGCACCUGGGCAAAAGGGGGACCAAGGAGCCACCGAGAUCAUAGACUACAACGGGAACCUCCACGAGGCCUUGCAGGGUCCCCCCGGACCACCUGGACCUCAAGGACUGCAGGGGCCGAAGGGAGAACCAGGAUCUCCAGGAAUACCAGGAGUGGAUGGUGAGCAGGGUCUCAAAGGCUCAAAGGGAGACACAGGUGACCCUGGAAUGCCUGGAGAAAAAGGAGGAAUUGGACUUCCUGGAUUACCGGGUGCCAAUGGGAUAAAAGGAGAAAAGGGAGACUCAGGACUGCCAGGUCCUCAGGGCCCUUCUAUCAUAGGUCCACCAGGCCCACCAGGUCCCCACGGCCCACCAGGCCCGAUGGGACCCCAUGGACUUCCUGGACCAAAGGGUGAACCAGGGUUAAAUGGUGUUAAAGGAUUGAAGGGUGACCCAGGUCAAAAGGGUGACAGAGGACCCCUUGGUCUUCCAGGAGCAUCUGGCUUAGACGGGAAGCCAGGAUCCCGGGGUACAGAUGGCCCUAUGGGACCCCAUGGCCCUGCAGGUCCCAAAGGAGAAAGAGGUGAAAAAGGAGCCAUUGGAGAGCCUGGACCCAGAGGGCCCUACGGUCUGCCUGGUUUCCCUGGUCCACGAGGCGAGAAGGGUGAUCUGGGAGAGAAGGGAGAGAAGGUGACCCUUCCUUCCUAGCAUGUGCCUGCUGCUAUGCUCGUGUUUUCUGCUUUGCUGUCUAAGCUGUGCAACUCUUUCUCCAUCCAGUGCCCCCAAACACUCAUGCCUUAG